GUGCGCAGAGGCUCCAAUUAGGGGCAGGUGGGAGGGUGGCUUUCUCUCCUAGCGGUGAGUGGGACUCUGAGUUUCGAAUCGCUGGCAGCGAAUUCCCCGCCCGCCGGGUGUCAGGGCUGCUGGAAGGAUGCGAAGCCUGAGCGCAGCGUGGCUGCUGGGGGGCGUCAUCCUGAUGGGGACCUCUGCCUCCUGCAAUCGCACCGUCCUAGGAACCAGUAGACCCUCUAAAGGAAGAAGUCUCAUUGGUUAUGUUGAUAACUCACCUCAGGUCACUGGGAGAGGAGCAACAGUGGAACCAGGCGUUUCUGUGGAUGAGUUUUCUGCCUCUGUCCUCACUGGAAAACUGACUACUGUCUUUCUUCCAACUGUCUACACGAUCGUAUUUGCGGUUGGUUUACCAAGUAAUGGCAUGGCCCUGUGGGUCUUUCUUUUCCGAACGAAGAAGAAGCACCCUGCUGUGAUUUACAUGGCCAACCUGGCCUUGGCGGACCUCCUCUCUGUUAUCUGGUUCCCUUUGAAGAUUGCCUAUCACGUCCAUGGCAACAACUGGAUUUACGGGGAAUCUCUCUGCAAGGUACUCAUUGGCUUUUUCUAUGGCAACAUGUACUGCUCCAUCCUCUUCAUGACCUGUCUCAGUGUGCAGAGAUACUGGGUCAUCGUGAACCCCAUGGUGUACCCCAUGAAGAAGGCAAGCAUUGCCCUCAGUGUCUCCCUGGGAAUAUGGCUGCUGAUUCUGCUGGUUACUAUCCCCUUAUACACUGUGAAGCAGGCCAUCUACAUUCCAGCCCUUAACAUCACGACCUGUCAUGAUGUUUUGCCAAAGGAGGUGUUGGUGGGGGACAUGUUCAAUUAUUUCCUCUCUCUGGCCAUCGGAGUCUUUCUGUUCCCCGCCUUCCUUACGGCCUUUGCCUAUGUGCUGAUGAUCCGGACCCUCCAAUCUUCUGCCUUGGAUAAAAACUCAGGAAAGAAGAGGCAGAGAGCCAUCAAGCUCAUUGUCACUGUCCUGGCCAUGUACCUGAUCUGCUUCACUCCUAGUAACCUUCUGCUCGUGGUGCAUUACUUCCUGAUUAAAAACUGGGGCCAGAGCCACGUCUAUGCCCUGUACAUCGUAGCCCUCUGCCUCUCCACCCUCAACAGCUGCAUUGACCCCUUUGUCUAUUACUUCAUUUCACAAGACUUCAGGGAUCAUGCAAAGAAUGCUCUGCUUUGUCAGAGUGUCCGUACUGUAAAGCAGAUGCAAGUAUCCCUCACAUCACUUAAAUUCUCUAGGAAAUCCAGCUCUUACUCUUCAAGUUCAACCAGUGUUAAAACCUCCAAUUGAGUUUUCUAGCUCCUCGGGUGGAAGUUAUGUAGGGGGAUUUGGAACCUGAUUAACAUUAUGGGGAUGCUUCUGUUGUUUCCCAACCAAGUGGGUUUCACCACAUACCAUGUAUAUGCAACACCUCUCAGGAUUGCUGGGAGCUUCCCUGUUUGCAUAAGGAAAGUCCCCCAAAUUAACAUAGAUGUCAGUUUCAGAAUUCCUCUACUCAGGUGCUCUUGGAAACGGAACUGAUGGAAGCAGACUUUUCAGAAGGUGGAGAAAAGACAGAAACCCAGUGAUUUGCAAAGACUAGUAUUGGCGUGAAGACUAAGUUCUUAGCUAAAACUACAUUUUACAUCUGGGGUCAGUCACAACCAUGUUAGGGCUUCAGGGCCCUCAGAGAUGAUUGGUCCAAUUGACUGGCUUUAAGGAUAAGGAAACUAAAGAGGUGAGGCAGCUGCCCAGAAUCAGGUUUCCAACCAAUGGCAAUAAGUUAGGACUGGACAGUUUUGAAUGGUCAGUGGGGUUCUUGUACCACCUCAUCAAAAUCCUUGUGGAUCCUGUUGAAAAAUGCAGAUUCAUUAUACUCAGGAAUCAGAGCUCAGAAUCUGGGGACAGGGCCCAGGAACUUUCAUUUUAACAAGAUUUUCAUGCACUCCAAACUUUGGGAACUAUUGGUCUGGGUACUGCUCCGACUUGACAAGGGGCCAUGGCAGUUUUUGAAAAGAGAAGCAAAAAGAAUGUUGUGUGUCUCUUUUAUGUUCAGCUUAUAAUGAAUUCUGUUUGUUGACUCAUUGAGACUUUCAAUUAUUUAUCAAUCCUUUGAGCUUUUGUGUAUAUCAUUACCACUUCAGGGAAAAUACAGCAAGGAUUUUAAAUGUAGAAAAAUAAAUUUUGUGUAACUCUUUUUUUUUUUGCGGAACGCGGGCCUCUCACUGUUGUGGCCUCUCCCGUUGCAGAGAACAGGCUCUGGACGUGCAGGCUCAGUGGCCAUGGCUCACGGGCCCAGCCGCUCCGCGGCAUGUGGGAUCAUGCCGGACUGGGGCACGAACCCAUGUCCCCUGCAUCGGCAGGCGGACUCUCAACCAUUGCGCCACCAGGGAAGCCCUUGUGUAACUCUUUACUGACUUCAAUAAAAUCUUCAGGUUGUCUGAAUAAUAGAUUGUUUCACAACUAGGAAUAGUGUUUACCACUUAGUAUUUUAAAAAAUUAUUGUUGGACUAUUUAUUGCCAGUUUUGUUGACUUGUUAUCAAAUAUGAAAUUAUAAAACUGUCACUGGGUUUGAACCACAUCUGUUUGGAAAAGAACUUCUGAAAUAGAAGUGAUUUGCAAUGUGUUUAAAGAGGUACUUGACUCCAAGCUGACUUUAUACAACUGGUGUAUUUGUGACCUUUUAAAAUAAUUGUUUUAUUGUAUGAUUGAUUUAUAAAUAACACAUGACUGAUUUAUCUCUUUAUCUAACUUAUCUCUGAAUUAUGUGGCUUUUGCCUUCAUUUUUGUUUUCGAGGGAGGGAGUGAGAGAAGGGAAGCAAAGGCAUCACUCUUCUAAGAAGAAAUGUAAGUGAUUCUCACAUCUUAUUUUUUACGUAAAUAGGGCCAUAUUAUACACAUUGCUCUGUGAUAAGUGUUUUUCUUUUAACCACAUUUUAGAAUUCUUUCCACGUCUGCAUCUAUGAAUUGACCUCCAUUUUUAAAGGAUACAGACUACUUAAUAUUUUGGAUAUAUUGUGACGUUUUAGUCAUUUAGUUAUUUCCUACCUAUGGCUCCUGAAAUUGUUUCUCUCUCUCCCUGUUUUUUUUUCUUCCUCUUUUAAAACAGUGCUGGGCUUCCCUGGUGAUGCAGUGGUUAAGAAUCCACCUGCUAGUACAGGGGACACGGGUUCGAGCCCUGGUCUGAGAAGAUCCCACGUGCCACAGAACAACUGAGCCCACGUGCCACAACUACUGAGCCUGUGCUCUAGAGCCCAUGAGCCACAACUGCUGAGCCCGAGUGCCAUAACUACUGAAGCCCUCGCACCUAGAGCCUGUGCUCCCCAACAAGAGAAGCCACCACAAUGAGACGCCUGCAUGCACAGUGAAGAGUAGCCCCCGCUCACCACAACUAGAGAAAGCCCGCGCACAGCAACAAAGACCCAACGCAGCCAAAAAUAAAAUUAAUUAAUUAAUUAACUAGUUUAAAAAACAAAAAAGUGUCUCAUUGAACAUCUGUGUGUAGACAUCUUUGUGAGUAUUUCUGUAGGAUGAGGUCCUGAAAGUAGAAUGACCAGGUCAAAAGUUAUCGAUGCCCAUUUAAAAUUUAGGUAACGCUUGCCAAAUGGCCUUCAGUAAUUUAUACUUCUACCAAAAUGUAUGUUUGCACCUAUUUCCUGAAAUGC